AUGGAAUUGUUGCCAGGCUUUAGCAAACCAAGCCCUUCUCCUGAUACGAAGUUAGAGUGUAUUCGCUAUCGAGACCGCAGCUGCUGCAAACCGGGGAUCACGAAUACAUUUGAAGAGAACGAAAACUUUCAAAACAUCACCAUUUACAAUAUCUGUCCCCAGAAAUCGUCCCUGUCCUCUGCCUGCCACAGGGAGUUCUUUGACGAACUUUGUUUUUUCCUCUGUUCCCCAAAUAUAGGACCUUGGAUUACUGAAGCUACCCAUGAUGCCGCACCUGAGAAGGAGAGGUUUAAGGAUGUCCCACUGUGUGCCAGUGAAUGCAAUCGUUGGUGGGACGCGUGCAAACACGAGUUUACUUGUUAUGUUAACUGGUAUAACGACGUUGUGCGUGACGCAAACGGUUUGAAUAUCUGUGGACCAGGACAGCAAUGCAGGCGGUAUGAUGCCAUAUACAACUCGUCCACCAACUUCUGCGAAACAAUUUGGGAUUUUUCCUUCAAGGUCACGCCAGAUGACCAGCCGUGCAUGAAGUUUGGAUUUGAUGUGAAUAAACCGAAUCCUAACAUAGAUGUUGCGCGAAGAAAAGUUGGAGUUAUUUCCGCAUGUCCGCCUUUUUCAUCAGUGUUGUACUUUCUCCAUUUUGUCUGCGUUGUCAUUUGUAUUUUGACUAUGUGGUGAAGUGUGAAGACUACCUCUCAUACGUUUUCUUUAAAAUAAACCACACAAUACUGAUUGUUUUGCGUCCAUUUACUGUGAAUAGUGCAGUGAUUAUACAGUAUAAUGAGAUUUUUACUGGUAAGUUCAGUUUAAUCAAAUAACAGGCAUAGUGUUAUUUCAAUGAAAAAAAAAACACUUGCAACUGAAGACUGGAGAUUAAUGUCCUUGAAUAUGCCUCAUUCGUAAGCAGGCAUGUGUUUUUAAUCACCUUUCCGAGCACUUGACCGGCAUACUGCAUUACGAUCUAGGUAUUGAAUUACUUGUAGGUGCAAUGAUUGCGCCGACAGUACUAGAAGCACAGCUAACACAAUCACAGUCUCUCCACCUAUGAUUUACAUAAGUGAGAAGUAGUCCAUUUGACCUACUAGCCUUUUCCGUGCUGAUUUUGGCAGACGUUUGAAAGUAGUGAGACAGGCAGAACCUUAGCUAAGGAGACCUUAGAAGAUAGCUAAAAAGUAAGCAUAUGGCAUUUAUGUUAUUGUUUAAGAGUAAUGUUAUUCACACUAAAUGACUACAUUAUAAGUGUAUGUUUAUAGAGUAUGUACUGUAUUUGCUACUAGUAAGUGUUUGAUCUCACAAUAGUGUUACAAUAGUGUUAGCAAUAUCAUAUGUAAGGGAAACGUGGCUUAGGGGCCAUUCAGAAUGAGAAGAACAGAGUGCUAGCUUGUC